AUGAAGUCGUAUCAAAUUUUAUUUUUGUUUCUCGCUGCUGUGAUCACACCGAGCAAAUCAAAUUCACAAAUAUUCGGAGGGCGAUGUUCAAAACAAGAUCCAAAUGUUGAUGCGUGUCUACUUCGUAGUUUUAACAACCUUUUGAACUACCUGAAGAGUGGAGCACCGGAAGUUGGACUUGAUGAGUCAGACGAAAUCGUCAUCGAUGAGUUGUCUAUCGCACUUGGAGGUGGCCCUGAUGGAUACCGAGCGUCUUUCAAGGAUAUCCAUGCAACUGGAGUCAACAAUAUGACCAUCACUAAUGUCAGAUCAGACCUAGAGACACACCAGUUCCAACUAACACUUUUCGGCCCUCAUAUCAGUGCUAAGGCCCGUUACCGUUCCUCUGGAGUACUGCUACUCGUCAGGGCUUCGGGUGGUGGAGACUACUGGGGAGAAUACGACGGAGUUAAAGCCAAAGUAUACUUCCGUGGUGCUCCCUACACUCGCAAAGGCCGCACUUACCUGAAGCUGCAGCAGCUCAAACUGGACUUCUCCGUGAAGGACAUCCAAAUGGGUGUUGAGAACUUGGAUCACAGCAGUAGUGUACUACAGGCAGCAUUGAACUUGUUCAUCAAUACAAAUGCUCAAGAACUCCUUAAGGAAAUGAAACCAGAACUUAAACGAGACCUUGCUGAGAAGAUGUCAAGAUUCCUAGAUAGGAUCCUUGCGAAAAUUCCUUACGAUGACUGGAUUUCUGACGAAGAGGAGGAGGAGGAAGAGGAAGAAGAAUAG